AUACUUAGGUAGCCGGAAUGGCGGCAUUUUUCAUUGUGACAAAAGGUAAACAUCCCUUUGGAGAAAAACCAGACCGACUUCGCAACUUACUUGAUGAUAAACCAGUUGGCUUGCAUGCGCUGAAGAAUCCUAUCUUGAAAGAUUUAUUAUCGUGGAUGCUGAGCCACGAUCCCAAUGAUAGACCGUCGGCUGAAGAAGCGCUAAAACACCCUUACCUUCAUCCCAAGAAACAGCAGUUUGAAAUGUUGUGCAAAAUGGGAAACCAACAAGAGAUCAAGGCAGGCGAAAGCAACUCAGCUGUCGUACGAAGGUUGAAUAGUGACCCCACAGAUUGGAAAACUCGGAUGAGCCCAAACGUUCUGAAGUAUUUAUGUACUGAUUUCAAGAGCGGGAAACCAAAACCAUUUUCUUAUAAGUCGUCGUGGACAGACUGUUUACGACUUAUCCGAAAUGUCAACCAAAAAUGGCUCGACCGAUCACGUCCUAUGCCGCAACCCGAAGCAUUCUAUGAAGUGGGUAAUCCCCAAGAGUACUUCCUUAACCUCUUCCCCAAUCUUCUUGUCGAGGUGCACAGAAUUGUCAGGUCCUGUGAUUGGAAGGAGCGACCAGACCUUAAGGAGUACUUCACUAAAGGUAUACAGUAUGUGUAAUAUACAUGUUCACAAAAAUGUUGUUCCGAACGUAAAAAAUAGACGCUGUUAACCAAUCAGUUGCGAAGUUAAUUCUAAACCUUUCUAGUAUCAUAUAUUGUCUCUUAUAGAAAAAUGCUAGAAAUUUUUCCAUGCAGCACCCCUCGCCUUUGUUUUCCCCAAAUUGUUUCAACGUGAAGUAUUCCGAAUCGUGCAAACACGAAACGCUUCGUAAAACGUUUUUAAACUUGUGUUCAUUCAACUUAACUACUUUUUAGUGCAAAGUUGCUUUGCACUAUUGUUAUGGCUGAAAAUUCAAUCGAGUGAGAGAUCAAUAAAAUGAUAGAGUAAGCAAUACAGAGGAGUUUGCAACGAAUCUUUUCUAUUGCGUUACGUAUAGCUUUUCAACGUUCGGGCAACAUAAUUGUUUAUACAUUUUCAAAAUUAAAGUCUAUAUUUUAGUCAUAAUGGUACAUGUUCUGUCUUAUAUCAUUCAACAUCUAGAGAAGCUAUAAUCAAAUCAAUACUAUAUCUAUAUUAAUUUUUAGGGGUAUUUUGCGUGGGGGGAUUCCCCCCUCCCCCCCAAAUUUCUGAAAUUCCCCCAAAUCUGAAAAUAACUAAAUUCUGGGGGGGGGGGUAGAGCAUUUCCCUCCAGUUGCAGGUAAUCCUACCUUUUUAAUAUUUAUUAUUUAAUUUAAUAAUUUUUUUAACAUAUUCAGGUGCAAAUGAAGAGAGGAAUCCAGGGAAUGCUGUUGUAAUUCAGGAAGGAGAGCCAGCUGCAGGUGACCCUUUUAAAUAUUUUUAUGUUUCCAUGAAUGUAGUUAUUCUACGCCUGACACACGUAUGACAUGUGCGCUAUGGUUGUCGUGGCACUAAAAAGUUAUACAAACUUUGCAUGCUUCGCGUAAUAUUAUGGGGAUAGAGGUAUAGCUGUGUCCCACCUAAAACGAAAUGUAUUUAACGGAGAUCAGUAAUGAAAACGUUUUACGUUUUGCACGCGCGCUCUUUUAUAAUGGAAUGUUAUAGUUUUUGCAAUGGGUAUUACAAGCUUUAUCAUAUUCAUUUUGAAAUCUUGUGCAAUCUGAUUGGCUAAAAAUAGUGCGAUUUCACCCCAAAUCUCACCAUUUUAGAGCUGUAAUCACACUAUUUUGAGCUUUGCCUUCAUCAGCUAGCAUGAGUUAAUUGCAAUAGCAUCAUUUUUAAACCAAUCGUAUCGAAGUGGUGACCUUAGCUAGCCAAUCAAGGGAAAGUGUAGAAUUCACUUAGCCAGUCAAUUUUAGAAAAAUGUGAUCUGGCAAAUUGAGCAAAAUAAAUAAAUCAGAAUAGCUUUGGCUAAUUUAAGUUGCGAUUUGUUUCGCCUCUGGUUAAACUCGACUCGUUUUCUAUUUCUUAAUUAAUAAUUAUUUAAUUCGAGAAUUUUUUAACAUAUUCAGGUGCAAAUGAAGAGAGAAAUCCAAGGAAUGCUGUCGUAAUUCAAGAGCGAGAGCCAGCUGCAGGUGACCCUUCUAAAUAUUUUUAUGUUUCCGUGAAUGUAGUUUUUCUACGCCUGACACACUUUAUGACAUGCAUGUGCGCUACGGUCUGUCGUGGCUCUAAAAGGUUAUGUAAACGUUGCAUGCUUCGUGCACCAUGUCAGGGAUAGAGCUAGAAUCACGUGCAAAAAUUAUUGAGACAAGCAGUUUAAUGGUCCCUUCGCCCCUAUAACAAGUGGUUCUUGCCCCCCCUCCCCCUUUUGCAAUGUUGUUAAAACAAUUUUGAGGCAAGGGUCAUCUAAUAAUAUGUUUUCAACAUUGUUAAUGGGGGGAGGGAGGCAUACACAUGAAAAAGAUCACAAAAAUGUGAAGAGUCUCAUUAUUUUUGCACACGAUUGUCUUAACAGACGCCUGUAUGGGAUCCCAAACUUAAUUUAAUUUGUACCAAAAAUUGAAAUUGACCCAUUCUCGAGCAAAAUUUUAAAUUUUUCCCGAUUUAAGCCCAGUGAUGUAGUUGUCGUGCGAAACUUGCAAAAAAUUGGACAAGAGAGACGCAGAACGGGGGACUGGGUACGAGUAAACAACCAUUUUGAAUUUAUUUGAAUUUGUUGUCGUUUACGCACGAAGGUGAAAUAUUACUGGCGAAGUAUUGGAAAAUUCAAACCAAAAGGACAAAGCUGUGCCCGGCAAAAAUCGAAAAUUGUUUUAAACUUUGAGAAUAUAUCUUAAUUGUGCAUUAAUAAGAGGUAAGAUUGUGCUAAAUUGUUUAAUAUGGCUAAAUGUUUCUGAUCAAUAAUAAUGUGAUGGUCAACAAAAGCUUCACUGUAAAUACAGCAAUUAUACAAAGUUACUUGUAUUAUUUACAGAGUAUGUACCAGUCUGAGAGUGACACAGAUGAUUUCCAGGUCAAUUCUUUAGCCUCUGCAAACCAGAUACGAAAAACAUACCUGGUCACGUACAGCCAAGCAGAUCUCCGAAUAUUUCCAACGAGGCAAAGUUUCGGGGAGCAAGUGGCUACCUACUUUGACGAAGGAACGGGAAAAGUUAAAGUCGAGCACUGGGCUUGUUGCCAAGAGUCACAUGAGAACUCUGGUGUACACUAUCACAUGAGCUUGAAACUCGAUGGAGCGAAACGAUGGAAACAAGUGAAAGAAAAGAUGAUGAAAAACCAUGUGGUUGUGCUGCACUUUUCCAACGCGCACGAUAAUUAUCACUCGGCAUAUCAAUCUGUCACGAAGCAAGACACGGAAGUGUUUUUAAGUCCCAAUCACCCCAACCUUAACGUAAUCGGUUCUCCUAGAACCAAAACAUGUAUCCGUGCAUUUCGAGAAAGUCGAAAACGCAAACAAAACGAGAAUGCAAAUGCCCAACAAGAAAAGGCUAAAAAAAUAAGACGUCUCAGCAAUUUCGAAGUCUCCGAAUUUUUGGUGGCAAAUCAAAUAAAAAGUGAAACCGAGCUACUUGCACUUGCAGACACUCAAAGCAAAGAAGGGAAGAAAGACUUAGCCAAUUUUAUUUUGUGUCGCUCAAACAAAGCCAUCCAAGAGCUUAUUGAUAACACCUGGCGCUUGCAAAAUGCACGGGCUAAGCUUGAUAGGAAGAAGAAGUCGCGUAUAGACUUGCUUCGUGAUGCUCGCAGUGCUGAGUGCGUCGAUGGCUGCAACGGGGAAUGGAUCAAGUGUGCACGGGAGGUCCUAAAGAACAACAACAUCCAUCCUGUGGUGUUUGCUUCGGCGUUGAAAGAUAUUUUGACCAAGGGAAGGGGGAAAUUCCGAAAUGUAAUGCUCGUUGGCUGUGCGUGUAGUGGAAAAACCUUCUUGUUGGAUCCUCUGUGUCUCCUCUGUGUCGGCAUCUGA